GAGUUGAUGCUCUGCAGUGAGACCAUAUUUGCUCAUGUGAAGUUGCUUCUCGCUUCGUGUGGGCAGGGUGGGGACAUUAACUGUUUACAGCUCCUUAUCAAAUACUAAAAUAAGGACAAAUGCAUUUACCCUCUAUCAUCGCCCUGUUCUCCUUCUAUGCUGCUCCCACAGGUCAAAGUUCACUCAGACUGAAUCAUUUACAGUGGACUCAUGUUAGGAAGGCUUCACCUGACGACCUGCAGGGAGUUCAUUAUGUGAUCAGCUGUUGAAGCUCCUCUGCUGCCACCUGCUGGCUGCUUCCAGUCACAGGUAACACAGCUCACCAAAGAUGAGCUGAUGUUUUACAGUUCCCUUAUUUGCAUAGUUAGACAGACUCUAAAACACUUGUCUUCUGCUCCCGAUCAAUCAAACGGUUGAUGCUGGUCUCUGGACACAUGAAGUAGCUUCUAACAGUAAAUAAUCUUCUUUAGUUCAUGGUUAAUGAGUCAGCUAGGCAGGAAAUACGAGUUAAAGAAAUGACUUUAUUUCUUUGGAACAUGUUAACAUCUGGCCAGCUACAGUACAUGAACUCAACUGAAUGAAUAGCCUCAGUUCCUCAGCUGUCGUAAUUUGAAUCAACACCAUGACAUUCACAGAGAUGAAGGGUCUGAGCUGGAAGACAUGAGGGUCCCUCUACAGGACACAGUGUAGCUCACUACUGCCUCCCGUCCAGGAAGAAGCAGCACAGAAAGGGUUAGCGUUGGGGGGAGGGUCUCGCCUACCUCUCACUUUAGCUGUACUUUCUCUCUGAAGUUCACACCGUCAGCAGGAAGACAACAUGGAGGUUACAGCUCUCUGCAUCAGACUGUCUGGUUCUGUGAUCCUGGAGAGUCCCGACCGUUCUGUGAUGGAGGGAGACGACGUGACUCUGCGCUGCAGAAACAAGAUGCCUUCAUUCGACCUCUCAGCUGACUUCUACAAGGACGACGUCCUAAUCAGGAGCAGUGAUACAGGAGACAUGAGCAUCCACAGUAUUUCCAAGUCUCAUGAAGGAUGAUACAAGUGCAACAUGUCCGGAGCUGGAGAGUCUGCAGAGAGGCAGCUGACUGUCACAGCUGGUGACGUGAUCCUGGAGAGCCCUGUCUGUCCAGUGAUGGAGGAAGAAUCUGUGAUUCUUCGCUGUAGAAAGACGAAAACUUCCACAAAGCACAUAGCUGAUUUCUACAAAGAUGGCUUCCUUAUUGGGACUGGCUAUAAAGGAGAGAUGACCAUCCACAGUGUUUCCAAGUCUGGUGAAGGACUCUACAAGUGCAGCAUCUCUGGAACUGGAGAGUCGACAGGGAGAAGGCUGACUGUCAGAGUUGCUGCUGUAGUCCUGGUGAGCCCUGUCCUUCCCGUGAUGGAGGGAGAAGCUGUAACUCUGCACUGCAUGAACAAGAUAACUUCCAAUGUGACAGCUGAUUUCUAUAAAGAUGGCCUCUUUAUUGGGAGAAGCUCCACUGGGAACGUAACUAUCCACACUGCUUUGAAGUCUGAUGAAGGACUCUACAAGUGCAACAUCUCUGGAGCUGGAGAAUCACUACAGAAGAGGCUGGCUGUCAGAGCGUGUCCAAUAGGGGUUAUGUCCCUUUGUUAUGAUCAACUUCCUGUUCUCCUCUACCUCUUCAUAAGGACUGUGGUCACCAUUUUAUGGAUUGCUCUGAUGAUGCGUCACUGUCUGAAACUCAAACUGAGGUAAAAAAUAAGUACAUAGAUAAAAUAAAAUGAAGUAAAUAGAUUGUUAAACCAAGAAAACAUUUGGAAGUGUGUGCCAAAUGUUCUCCUAGGUUUGUUGAUCAUUUAGGGACAAACAAACCAAGACUAAGCAUAAGGGAAUGAAAAACGCUCAGUGGGAAGGUUUUGGUCUCAUCAGCAACAAUGUGACAGGAGAUUUUAUCAUUUAAUUUGGCCAAAUAAAAGCACGUACAUGGAAAAAGAGGAGUAUGAGGAUUGAGCCCUGUUAUAUUAGUAUGCACGAUGCAGCAGGGUUCUUUUUUGAGCUAAUUUAAGGCUAAUCAACUGGUGAUUCUUACUGGUAGCCCUGCAGUUAAUACAUAAGCAUUUGCCUCACUUCCAUUCACCUCCAUUCAUUCUUCAGUGUAAUUGAACAAUAAUUUGACAAUAAUUCAUCAAAUUUCUAAGUUUCUGUAUUUAGUGGUCAGGGAUGAAAUAGCCACAGUUAAGCGAUGCAUUGAUUAUGCUGUAGGUAAGUUAGCAAGAUAGACUUGCUAACAUCUCAUUAUCAAUAUUUCUUUAUUUACAUUACAACAAUGUAAACAAAACCAAACAUGAUAAUAAUUUCUUUUCAAACAAGUAAAUGAACCACAUGCAUGUUGCACCUUACAGAUAAAACUGGUCCAUGUAAAUAUUUUCAUGUUGUAGAUACUAUAAGUUGUACUUGUUUGAUAUAUCUUCCUGUUAUCAAUUGCGCAUGUUUUUUUUCUUUUUGCUAUGUUUUUCUGUAUCGUGUGAAGCACAGGAACAAUGUCUAUAGGUUAUUAGGACAUAAGGGGAAUAUAAAGAGGGUUAAAAUGUUUGAAAUGUUAACAAACAUUAAAAUACAAAGGCAUGAAUAAAUAUAAUAAGUAAUAUGUUGAUUGUGAAAAGUUUGAGAACAAUACAGGUACAAAGACAAUGAGAAAACUAGAAUGUUUUCUAUUGUUCAGUGAAAUGAAAGUUACAGCUGUCUGCAAUUGUCUGUGGAAACAGUUUAAUAGUCAAGAUUUCUACUUUUCUUCUUUUAACAAACAUAAAAAAGAAAACUCUUCAGGUGUUUCUGGUCUCUUGACUAAGUUACUUAAAGUUGUGAAAUACUUUGAUAAGUAGAGCUGUUGUGCCGUGACCACUGUCUUAUCGUGAGAAAAGUUUUUCUCAGGGGUGAAGACAAGUAACAAGCUAUUUCAGGUGUUUUUAAACCACGUAAGCUCUCUAUGAUCUGCAUUGUUUUUUCUUUUAAACCCCAGUGCCUCUAGUUACUCUGACCAUGGUAAUGUUUCUGUAACCCUGUGCACAACAACCACAUAUCUCUACAUCUCUAUGAAAAGAGGCUGUGGGUUUUUUCAUGUCACAAUAAAGACGACUGCAAGAAUGAAUAAAACUGAUACGAGCAGCAGAACUUAAAACCAUUGGCUAUUCAGCGUGGAUGAUAAAUCCUAGAACAUAAUGCCAUAGUUUUAAAGCCUUUAAAGGAAAAAAGUGAACUGAAAAUAAGAUAAAAAAUAAAAACGCCUAAAAUCUCAAACUGUGUCUCUGUGGUCUGGUUGAUGUUUUUGGACUCUACAAGUGAAGCUGUUGCUGUGUCUCUUCUCCACAGUCACUCAUGGCAUGGUUUCUUACACGUUGUUUGACCUCAUUUUAAGAAGGCGUGAGAGUGGCUGAUUUAUAGCAGAGGGCAGAGUAGGGCUACCCUUUUUCUUAAGUUAGGCUUCUACGGUAACUCUGGCUCACUUUGAGUGCUGUACUGUAUAUGUAUUGACUCUGACCAAGUACCUGAUAAAACAAGAUUAAUUGGAAGGAUGUAACUGAAAUAAAAAAGUGUGAGGAAGGAGAUUUUGACCGACUUACCAGAGCUGUCCGAUCAGAAAUCAGCACAGUGUUCCUAUACAUGUCACCAUCUCAGGAGUAGCACUGACGCCUCUACACUGCAGAAGUACGCCACACAGGAAGUGAAGUUUCUCAUCUACGCUAAAUGUGAGCUUUAUUUUAGUCUCAGACAGUCAGCA